GGCGGCGCGGGGCGGGAGGCGGCCCCUGGCUGCGCGCCCGGCCUCCGGCGUCCGGUCACCGCGAUCUCCCCCGCGCACACACACACCGGCCGCACCAUGGCCCUGAAGGCCGAGGGGGCCGCGCUCGACUGCUUCGAGGUGACGCUCAAAUGCGAGGAAGGGGAGGACGAGGAGGAGGCCAUGGUGGUGGCCGUAAUUCCGCGGCCUGAGCCGAUGCUCAGAGUGGCCCCGCAGGAGAAGACCCCCCCGCCCAGGCCCAGCCUGCUGGAGGCAGGUGGCGAAGGCUGUGAGGAGACCAAGCAGCAGGUGUCUUGGGAGCAGGAAUUCCUGGUGGGAAACAGCCCAGGAGGCAGCGGGCGGGCACUGUGCAUGGUGUGUGGGGCGGAGAUCCGGGCCCCCUCGGCGGACACGGCGCGCGCACACAUCCUGGAACAGCACCCUCACACCCUGGACUUGAGCCCUUCAGAGAAAAGCAACAUCCUGGAGGCCUGGAGUGAGGGAGUGGCCCUUUUGCAGGACGUCAGAGCCGAGCAGCCUUCUUCACCAACCUCGGACUCAGGCCAGGAUGUCGAAGCUGACCCGGACUCCGAGCCAGACCCGGCCAGGAUGCCGGCAGAGAUCGUCGUUCUCCUGGACUCCGAGGAAAACCCGUGUCUCCCGAAAAGGAGCCGGCCCAGGGGCCUCCGCCCGCUCGAGCUUCCUGCUGCCCCUGUCUCAGAGCCAGGAAAUAGGAAGCCCCGUGGUCAGAGAUGGAAGGAGCCCCCUGGGGAAGAGCCGGUCAGAAAGAAAAGAGGCAGACCCAUGACCAAAAACUUGGACCUGGACCCAGACCCCGACCCAGACCCCCCGUCCCCCGACUCACCCACAGAGACUUUCGCGGCCCCCGCUGAGGUCCGACACUUCACGGACGGCAGCUUCCCCCCGGGCUUCGUCCUCCAGCUCUUCUCCCACACCCAGCUCAGGGCCUCAGACAGCAAGGACUCCCCCAAAGAGGGGGGCGCUGCAGAAGGAGGCCUUCCCCAGCCGGAAAGCCCCUCUCCAGAUCGUGCCUGCUUUCUGGAAGGGCAACCCACAUCACUGUCGCCUCACUGCCCUGAUGCUCCCCUCCCCACCACUCUCGGCUCUGCCCUCCAUGCUGCCAGAAAGAACUGGUACGUAAUUCCGUUGCUUUGAGCAGUCCCCAAGUCCGUGAACUCUUAGCACUUGCUGAACUCUGUUAACAUCUUAGCAUGUCACCCGUCUCCUUAAAUCCCCACAAGCAUGUUACGCAGUGUUAGGAUUUCCAUUUUGGAGACGAGGACAUAGCCUCGAAGAGAUACGGCCCCUGUCUCAGGGCCCCUCACCUAGUAAGUGGCAGCCUGUGCUUCCACCUGUACCCAGCCCUCUCCAGCCUCCAAGCCUUCUCUCUGCUGCUGGGGAAGCCCGGGCCCCCCAACGCCUGGCUAGAGCCCAUCCCCUCCCUGCUGGCUGCUCUGUCCCUCCCUCUCUCCUCUUUGUCCACGGUCCAUGUUUCCCUCUCCAGAUCUCACCCAGCAGCCUAUGCAAAGCUGUGAUUUCUCCCUUCUUGACCCCUCUUCCCUCCCUAGCCACUGUCUCAUUUGUUCCCAAACCUUUUCAGCGAGGCUGGGGAGCAUUUUCCACACUAACUGGCCCUCCUCUCUCUGGGAGCCACUUCCGUCCUAUUCCCAUCUUCCCAUCUCAUGCUAAAAUUGCUUUUUUUGGCAAGGUCACCAUUGACUUGGCUAAAAUGAAAAUCCAGCGGUCACUUCUCAGUGCUUGCCUUUCCCCAGUGUGACCUUAAUCAUGAUACCGUCCCUCCCUCCUUCCCAGAUCUGCUCUGGUCUUGGGGCUCCCCGGACCACUGGCUGGGUCUCCCUCCAGCUUCACCGGAUGUUCUGUUUCCCCAGCCUGUCCUUUAACACGCGGCUCCCCGAGUCCGAUCUGACGGUUCUCUCUCCUCCUCUUUCUUGAGUGUAAGUAGCUUCAGGUCAGGACAUGUAUCUGUUUCAUUUCCUGUGAUCUCCCCAGAGCCUGGCACGGGGUCCAGGUGCUGCUUACGUGUUCCGUGAGUGAGUGGUUAAGUGACGGACUGGAUGCCUCAACCUUGGGGCAGGGCCUUCCUCACUCCUGGAGGGACCCAGUCCAAGUUCAUGUGUUUCCAGCUCCCACCCAGAUUCCCCUGGUGACAUGCCUGUGGUUGUCCAGAAGAUCUAUGGAACUGCCUUAUCCAAACUGAAUCUCCCCCUGCACCCCCUGCCCCCAGCCUCUCUCGUCCUCCCCAGCCUCCCCUCCCCUUUUGCAUUCUGCACUUUGCUCAGGCUAAACCCUCAGAAUCAUCCUCUUCCCGUUUCCAUCAAGCCCUUGGCAAAUCAUGUUAGCCCCACCUCCAAAAUCGGUUCAGAAUUCUGAAUUCUGUCACCCUGUCACCCCCUCCGCUGUGGCCACCCUGGUCCAAGCCAUCUCUUGCCUGGUUCCUUAACGGCCUCCCCCCUGGCCUGCCAGCUUCUGGUCUUUGCCCACUCUGGUCUCCUCUCCUACGGAAGCCAGGGUCCCCGGUGCAAACCGAGUUAGAUGCUGUCCCUGCUGUUCGCGUCACACUCCUGAUAAAAAGCCAGAGUCCAUGGCGACCAGGGAUGCUCACCGCAGGAUCCCGACUCUCCUAAGCCAGCCAGCCUGCUGUUCCUACAACGUCAGGCAGGCGACCCCCGGGGCGUUCGCGUUCACCCUACCUUCUGGCUGGAAUGCUGUUCCCUGGCCACCCACAUAGCGGACUCUCUCUGUACAUCUUUGUUCACAUACCCGCCCCACGAGGCCCUCCACGCUCUCCUGUCCCCUUCCCUGGUGUCUCUUCUUGCUUCCCUUUCUUUCCGAUGUGUCUGAACGGAACACAUUGCGUUCAUUGACUGUAUCAGCUCCCGCCACGGGAUCAGAAGUUCCAGGAGGGCCUCGUGGUCUGCUCCCUACACUGCUAGGCCCCCAGUGGUCAGAGCCGUGCCGGGCACAGGCUGGGCGCCCACUGACUUGCUGUCGAACUUGGGAUCUGGCCUGUCCUCUCAGAGCUUAGAGUUUGUCAGACACAGACCGACUUACCCAGAGCAGAAUUUGGCGAUGGCCACUGGUAUGGAGUUUGCAACGUCAGCAAACUGUACAGCAAAGCUGUGCCCAGUUCCCAGCCACCUGUUAGACCACGUCUCUAAAGACAGCGUAGGCCAAAUGCCGCAAGUGGAUCCUUCUCGAAACAGACAUCCCGACAGUUGCAGUCACCGUGUUCGGUUUUGCUUUUCAAUGUGAAGUACUUCAGCACGUGCCCGUGUGGCGGGGGACAUUUUUUGUGGCUGCUUGAAAGCCAUGGGGAGUCUGCUCUCUCCUCUAAGGCCUGCUUUUGCCUUUUCAGAACAGCUGCUCCCCACUGCUGAGGCGGACGUCUGAUCCCUGUGGCGUGGGUCCUGAUGGGAGGGAAGAGCCCAGGGAAGCUCUCGGAGCAGAAAUGGGAUGCUAACCCAGGGCAGGCCAUGCGGGGCUCUCGCCUUAGCUUCCGAUCUGUCCAUGAGCCCCAUGGCGAGCACAGCUGCAUCUUACUUGGGUGGGGGGUUCCCCACACCCACCACCUGUGCCCACACAGGGCAGAAGCCUUCAGGCUAGGGCGCCCAAGAAGUUUUAGAUGAAGCAGAGUGAGCUGAAGGGAGGAGCCGAGGCGAGUAGACACACUGAGCAUCCGUGCACCAAAGUACGUGGGGAAGGAAGCCCACGGGCUGCGUCUGACUUAACACCUGAGAGCCUGUGACAUCAUCUUCUGGUUGGUCAUGGUCCUCAGAUGAACCAGGAGUGCGGCUUCCUGCCUUGGGCCCCCCUCAUACUGGGCCCCGGACUGUGGAAGUGAAGGCCUGGGAGUGGAGGUGUGGUUUGCAGAGGCCUUUGGGGGGCAUCCUUGCAGUGGGGCUCCGGAGGGCCCUGACUUCUGCUCUCUGCUCCCAUCC